AGGAUCAGUUUACCUGUUUUCAGACAGCUGGUUCGAUGCCCAGAACUGAAUGCUGUGCUCCAGCUGUGGCCUCACCGGUGCUGAAUAGAGAGGAAGAGCCACCUUCAUAGCUUACAUGUGAUUCCUCUGCUUAUACAACCCAAUACUGGAUUUACUUACUUUGGCAAGAUAGCUGCAUUGUGCACUGUAUUUAAUGUUACGUGUACUGUAACCCUGGGUCUUUCUCUGCAUUGCUACCGUCAACCCCUCAAUCCUGCCAAUCUAAAACUCCUGCCUUUGUUUACCUGCCCCCUCCCCAUAGAUUCCCCAUGCAUUCAUCCACAAUGAAUGUCAUCUUUUUAUUCUCUGGUUUCCUUUUACUUUAUCUUAAGCUCUGGCGAGACUUUCACUCUGUCCUAUAAAUUGUUGCUGUCAGCCAGCUUUUCACCCUGCUUCGGUAGUGGAGCACCCCCUCAAGCCUUUUCUCUGGUCCUUGUCCGGUCGUAGUCCUGAAACCAAGCAUUUGCUAAGGUCGAUUGAUAAGCAUUCACCUGGAGUUUCUGAAUCAGGUACUGGGAACAGCUCUGGUUUGGCCCCCUGAAGUUGUUACCCUGCUUAGUCCUGUCUAGAUUUCCUUACCUCCUCAUGACCUCUGUCUGGGUGGAUAGUAUAGUCUUACAGCCCCUCCUCCAGGAAGGAGAUGAAAACAUGCAGUCAACUUAACAGAGAGAUGUCUCACAGUAAGGAAGUAACUAUUGUCUUUUAGUAGAAUAGCCUUUAGUAGUUUUAAGUUUUUCUAAUUAGAAAUUAGAUUGAGGUAAAUGAAGAAAGUGAAGGAAGAUUUUUUUAAAUGUUGAAGUAGGCCAUGGUUCACCAAGAAAGCCAAAUGGUGUAUCUUGUUGGAUUGGUGGCUGACUCAAAUGGGAGCUGCAGCCUCGUUUUCCUGGACUCUAGAGCAUCAUGAUGCCUGAUUUAGAGAAGGUUUUUAGUUGGUUUAUUUAGGGUUGUUGAUACAGCCGCCCAGUCUUUUAAUUAUAUGCUUUGAUUAAGCAUUUAGAGGAUAAUGUAUUGUAUAAUCUUUUCUGUGGGUGGUAAGAAUUGGAAGAUCUCCAAAUGUCCUUUUUAUCUAUGUCUAAGCUCUCAAGUGAAUCCUAGUGGGUCUUAGGGUAGCAGUUAAGCCUAUGUUUGAGUCAGCCCCCCACCCCCACCAUCUUAGUGGAUGUGCUCUGUUUAAACAGACUGUUCUUGAGUUUGGGGCAUUUAUUAGACCUACAAGGUACUGCUUACAUGUAUUUGUAUUUUGAAGGAGCGAAAGUUGAUUUGGAAAUUUUUUUAAUGUCAUUUCAGUACAUCAGAUUACUAUGGUUUUAGACAUUACCAAACACCUGGUAGAUAUCAGCACACUGUAAACACGUGUUACAGGUGUAUGCUGCAACUAAGAGGUGUGUAGAGCUGUCAGAGAUGGCUGAUUUCAGUAUUCACAAUUACACAACCAAAGGAAACGAUAAGCUCAGUUUGGUGGCUUUGAAGAAUGUCGCUUCUCUGGUUCCUCCCCAUGUAUAUUAUCACAAUUUGCUAAAUUUAUUUUUGAUCAAGAGAAUAAAUGUUUGCAAAUAUAGGAAGGAAUGGGUACACUUGCUUGUGCCCGUGUCACCUCCUCAUGAGUGUGUCACCUCCUCACAAGUGUGGCACCUUUCUUGAAAGGAAAUGUUAGUUUUGUUCCUUGGCUUCUGGAGUAACCCAGUGACAGAGCCAGUCAACUGGACUUCGGUGUUCUGAAUGCUGUUCUGUAGGCAGCCAGUAAGCAGUGAGAAGGGUCCGCUUCCAUCUCCAUUUAUGGUCUCAGAAGGGGAAAGGGACAGGACUGCGACUCUCUAUUUACAGUCCUUAGGAAUCGAGUGGAGUGGUUGGGGUGUUCUUGGAGGCAGAAACUAGACAUUGUAAGAUAAAAAUAAAUUGUCAGGGGUUGUUUGCAAUUCAAAUUCCAAUCUCUGAGUAGGGCAGAGGGUGCUGGGAAAGGGGAGUAUAAGCAGGGUCAAGGGAGAUUUGCAGCGCUUCUCUCCGUUGGGAGAUUUGACCAUGACACACAUUUUCCAAGUUUAUGUUUCUAGAUUGUUCUAGAAAGUUUUGUCCUAUGGGGUCACGAUUCUCUGUUGCAAAAAGAAAGCUGAGAUGAUUUUUAAAGGGUUUAUGGGAAGCCUCAGUUCUGUAAGGUAUUUGAGGCGGUGGGAGAGAUGCUGUGAAAGAUGCUUGUUUGGGGGUUCAAGGCUCCAGGGAGGGUGACUGUGUCUGAGGGAGAUGAUCAUGUCUCGUGCUUUUAUUACUCUUUUUGCCUGUUUGGAUUUCUGGCCUCAAGGAACAGAGUUAAAGAGUCUUUGAGGGAGUGUCUGUAGGUUGUCAGCUGUGUUUAAAGGUACUGCACUCAUGGAGAGCCUAAAGACUCAGACUUGUUUGCAUUUGGUGAGAUAGAUCAUGUAUUAGCUUAUGGAAGGCAACUUCUCCUUUAGGAGAAUCUUACAGUCUUGAUAAUAUCUAGUUAGCGAUAAACUAGUUUUAACAGUUAAGUUAGAAAAUAUUUAGGAGCCACCAUGGAAAGGGGAUUUUAUCUCUCAAGAAAAUUCUGAGUGGAACCCCAUAAAGUAGAAGAGUGAUUAGAGGGAGGGAAGGAAGGUAGAGUCAGUAGGGCCUGAGUGACUGGAUUUUUAAGCUGAGACAACAAAGUCCUUGAUCUAUCUUUUGAUGGGUCAAGUAAGAGCAUAAGGUGUGUACCAUUAAAUAUGGGAAACUGGGCUAGUCUGAAAUAUGUAAUAGAAAAAAGACCAUAAAAAACAAGAGUCGAACAAGGCAGCGAUGUUCCCCAGGUUUUGUCCUUGAGCUUGCAUGAUGGUAUUUAUUUGCUGUGUGUCAAGUGACAGAAAGAGUGAGGUAACUCCCUCCCCUCCUAAGGAAGACUGUUGGCCAUGUUGGUUGGUUUGUUUAGCUGGUAGUUUCAGUUGGUAGACUAGUAAAAUGUAGGAAUUAAUGUACUACUUCUUGGUCAUUGUGUUUGAGACUGGAGACUUAGGACGUUAUUGAUUUGAUUUCUGCUUAAAUUGUAGAAGUUUUUACCAUGACAGAGUGAGUUAGUGAGGACCACAGACUCUGUAGAGACCUGUUUUGUUAGCUACGUUGUCUAGGCAACUGUUUUCCCCUGUACUCCUUAACCAAGGGUAAGGAAGGUGUUCUUCACUUGGGGAAUUCUUCUUUCUGUCCUCUUUCCCUCACGUCUUCCAAAUUCUGGGCACCACAGCAGCUCUCUCCUGUGGCAGGUGUGCAUCCUAUUGGCUGGCUGGUAUUUCUUUUUUUUUCUCCCCCUUACCCUUUUUUAAUGGGGGAGGGGGCAUAAAAUAUGUGUAUGGGUACAUGCAAUAAUGUUGUAAUGUUUCUUGUUGUUUUAAUUGAUAAUUGCAAAAUAAUUGUUUGAAUUAUAACAUGUUUGAGUAAAUGCUAAAUUAGUAUUUUUCUAAUAUAAUAAUGAAUUUGAAAUCUAGCAUUCCUGUAACAAUGUGUCUUUGUUUGUCUGUCUGUGUCUGUCUGAUAGUAAUUAAUAUCUGUGGUCCGUAUCUGGAGGAGGAAGUACAGCUUUAAAGGAAUAACAAAAGACUUUGUGUCUUAGACCCUUCGCAGGUGUUACAGUCGGGUGAAAGAACAUGGUGUUGGGAAAAGAAAGAGCAGUUACACAUUUGAACAGUUGGAACAGGUGUUUGGUCAGGGAGGAUGGGAUGCUCAGCCCUGCCAGCCUGUACUUAUUAACAGUAGUGGCUUGUACCAGGAGCUGGAGUCAGAUGGCAGCACUAUGGAGGACUAUUCACAGGAGGACUGGGGAAACCACAGUCAGGAUCUCCAUGGCUACCCAACAGAUCAGGAAUUGGAUGAAAUGCCAGUUUCAAAGAGAACAUUAAAAAUAAAACAAGAGUCUUCUGAAGAAGCACAGAAACGAGACACCAUGCAGAAUAUUGUACAGAUUUUGGAGUCAGUGCAGUUGAAAUGGGAACUGUUUCAGAGCUGGACAGACUUUUCAAGACUCCAUCUUUCCAAUAAACUGGCCAUUUUUGGAAUUGGCUAUAACACCCGCUGGAAAGAGGAUAUCCGUUACCAUUAUGCCGAGAUCAGCUCACAGGUGCCCCUUGGCAAGCGUCUUCGGGAGUACUUCAACUCUGAGAAGCCUGAGGGACGGAUAAUUAUGACCCGAGUGCAAAAAAUGAACUGGAAGAAUGUGUACUACAAAUUUUUAGAGAUCACCAUUAGUGAAGCUAGAUGCCUAGAGCUGCACAUGGAAAUUGACUGGAUACCCAUUGCCCACUCCAAGCCAACUGGUGGGAAUGUUGUUCAGUAUUUACUGCCAGGAGGGAUUCCUAAAAGUCCAGGUCUUUAUGCCAUUGGCUAUGAAGAAUGUAUUGAGAGGCCUCUCUCACCAGAUGGGGAGCACCAGGCCCUGGACCCAGGAAAGGAGGGCCGGGUUGGCCUGGAAACCCUGUCUGCACAAGCCUCAUUACAGGUGGAAAUAGAACCCACCCGGAUCGUCUACUGCUACCUCGGUAUUGCUGAGGUCAGGACUCUGCAGCAGUGCUUGUUUUUACAUUUCCAAGCAAAUACCAAAACCUUCAGUAAAGAUUGGGUUGGUAUUAAUGGGUUUUUGUCUCAGAACUGUAUUGUGGAUCCUGGAAUUUCCCCAAAAUCCAUCUAUAUCAAAUUUGUAGAAGUUGAGAGGGAUUUUCUUUCCGCAGGCUCAUUAGUUGAGUGCCUGGAAAAAGCCAUUGGAUACCCCUUAAAAUUUAACAACUGAGUGUCAUCCUUCAUAAGGAUUUGGGCGUGUGCAUUCUUCUCCCUUCUUCCCAUUACCCAGACUACCCCACAUCCAGAUGCUGCCAUCAGACUCUUCAUGGGAACUCUUUCCACGAUGAGACCAAUGCAACCUCUAAGGAAUCACAGUAGACUCUGGGCAGAAAAAGCAGACCUCACCUGAAAUGCUCAUUUUGAGUAAGCAGGUCUUGCAUGGUGGGUCAGUUCUUUUUUAAAAAAAGAAAACAUCAAUUUUUAAAUGGAUUUUAGAGCCCUGAUAUAAACAAAUAUAGGUACAUUCCAUAUUGGACAAAACUUAUACUUUGAGUUUCAUAUGAAAUUGAAAAUUGUAUUUUUUUCACAAUGUUUCAUUUUUACACAUCUCUAUAAGUAUUAUUUACGACCUUGAAUAAAUAAGCAAUAGAUAAUGGCAAGUAAAUCUUGAGCCACAGCAAAUAAGGCUGUUUUUCAAUAUUACCUUUAGCUACUAUUGUAUAUAAUUUAGAGUUUCAUUUUUUUCACCAACCAAGUGUUUUGCUAUUUCCAAUCAGUGUUGCCUGCAAAGACUUUUGUUUAUGUGAUGUACAACUUUUAUGGUUGUGUUACCAUUUAAAUUAAAA